AAACUCUACUUCAAGAUGCUCUAUUUUUUUUUCCCUUGAUAUAUCAUGCUACUCGAGUCCAAGUUCACACUAUCGUAUGAAUAUCCUAGGGCUGCACUUGACCAAAAUUUGCUUUUGCUUGAGCUCGUUUGGGGAUCUAGAACCCGACUCAAGACUACAUACAGUUACAUCUCGUUUCUUUCCAACUUCAUCGAUAGACAGGGGUCAUGAACUUUCGCCGCCCUUGUAUAUUUUGAUAACCGAAUCAUGGUAGAUUAACUGGAGGAAUCGAAUACAUGUAAUAAAAUCUUUUUGAUGUCACAUUUUCACGUUCGAACUCGAUAUUCGUGGUGAUAUUUUUGAACCUGGUCAUAUAAUGAACAGAACGGAUUAGACUUCAACUAUCCUAAAGCAAAAAAUGUCCGACAUGGUUCAGUCACUUCCCACCGUAUCUGUAUCACCACUCCAUAAGGUUCUCCCCCCCAAUUCCAACGCUAUAACUUGGGCCCCCGCAAUUUCAAAUACACCAAGAGUUCCUGAAUUUAACUCCAGAUUUGAGCUCAACCAAGUGCUUGCCUAUGUCGUUAAAACUGGUACUGCAUUCUCCGUCCUCCCGCUUUCCCAUGUAGCUUCUCUUUGUGCUUUAACUCCUAGCUUCUCGGAUGCCCAGAAAAUCUUUAUGCGUGUUCGUCAACCUGAAAUUUUUCUUUGGAAUUCUUGCUUAAGAGAUUUUGCUGAGAGCGAUUCUCCAUUUAAUGCCAUUUUGUUGUUUCACCAACUGAGACUACACAAUGUCUUUCCUGAUAGCUUUACUUGCUCUUUUGUUCUCAAGGCGUGUCUGCAAAAUUUGGAUGUUUUUCAUGGAAGAAUUAUUCACGCUUAUAUAGAGAAACUUGGGCUUCAAUCUAAUUUAUUUUUGCAAAACAUGCUUGUGCUUUUAUAUGCAUCUUGUGGGGACAUAAAUGAUGCCAGGCAGUUGUUCGAUAAAAUGCUGCAACGAGAUGUAGUGACUUGGAAUAUAAUGAUCACCCAGCUAGUGAAGAGGGGUGAUGUUGAAUCGGCUUAUGAAUUGUUUUCGCAAAUGCCUGAGAGGAAUGUGAGGUCGUGGACUGCUAUGAUUGCAGGUUUUGUCCAAUAUGGGAAGCCUAAGGAGGCUAUUAAUCGCUAUGCAGAGAUGGAAGAGAUGGGCUUAAGGCCUAAUGAGGCAACCGUGGUGACCGUUCUAGCAGCUUGUGCUGAUCUAGGCAGACUUGAUCUUGGGAGAAAGAUUCAUGAGUUCUCAGAGAAGAGCGGGUUCAAGAGAAAUAUUCGAAUUUGUAAUACGCUGAUUGAUAUGUAUAUCAAAUGUGGAUGUUUAAAAGAUGCUCAUGAUGUUUUUGAGGAUAUGAAGGUAAGGACAAUUGUUUCAUGGUCAGCCAUGAUUCAAGGGCUGGCAAUUCAUGGACAAGCUGAGGAAGCUUUGGAACUAUUCUCCAAGAUGAUUCAGACAGGGUUGAAGCCAAACAGGGUCACCUUCAUUGGACUCUUGCAUGCUUGCAGCCACAUGGGACUGAUAGAUGAGGGCCGAAGAUUUUUUACUAGCAUGACUACGGAUUAUGGACUUAUUCCCAGUAUCGAACACUAUGGUUGCAUGGUUGAUCUAUUAAGCCGUGCUGGGCUCCUGCAAGAAGCCUAUGAGUUCAUAAAAGAUAUGCCAAUGAAACCAAAUGCAGUAGUCUGGGGCACCCUUCUUGGUGGGUGCAAGGUCCACAAGAAUAUUGAAAUGGCCGAAGAAGCAAUCAGACACUUGCAUGAAUUGGAUCCACUCAAUGAUGGAUAUUAUGUGCUUUUAUCAAACAUAUACGCAGAUGCAAAGCGAUGGGAAGAUGCGGCAAGGGUGAGGAAGUUGAUGAAAGAUAGACAGGUGAAGAAGACACCCGGGUGGAGUUCAAUUGUCGUAAAAGGUGUGGUUCAUGAAUUUGUAGCCGGAGAUGAGACCCAUCCUCAGGCUGAGGAGGUUUUUAAGAAAUGGUGCAAGCUACUCGAAUGCAUGAGGUUGAAAGGAUACGUGGCAAAUACCUCUGUGGUUCUAUUAGACAUGGAAGAGAGUGAGAAGGAAAGGUUUUUGUAUCGCCACAGCGAGAAAUUAGCUGUGGUUUUCGGGCUUCUCAGUACCCCACCUGGAGAAACAAUUCGGAUUUUCAAAAAUCUUCGAGUUUGUGAAGACUGUCAUGCUGCUUUAAAGUUGAUUUCUGAGAUUGUUAAUCGAGAACUAGUGGUUCGCGAUAGGAACAGGUUUCAUUGUUUUAAAGAUGGUUCUUGUUCUUGCAAGGAUUAUUGGUAGUUAAUGUGGAGUAGGAGGUAAAAAUAAAAUAAGGUCUUUCUUCAUAUUCUUCCCAGAUCCCAACCUGCUCUUCGCCAGCUGAGGAAAGGAGCAUUGGAAGCUUACCUUAGUGUGGGAAUGCUUGCUUGUAAACUCCCAAUUUAAAUGCUAAGAGCAUUUUUAAGAGACUAUAUUUUUCUAAAGAGCACGUUAUAUUAUUUGGAGAGCAUUUAUAAAUCAAUAAAGCUAUUUGUAUA